AUGAUGAGUACUGUUAAAAAGAAGACGAGAAAAAUAGUUUUUCAUGCACCGCAGAAAUUUGUUGGUUAUGUUGGUCUUAACGAUUUGCUUGGAAAAAAUUUUACGGCUGAAAGAGAUUCAAAAUUGAACGAUAUCAUUUCAGACCGUCAUUCAGACAUUGAUGCUAUAACGAUCAAUGCUAUAACGAUAAUAUUGUCUCCAAAUCCUAAGAAUUACUGUAAUUAUUGUUCUAAAUAA